AUGCAGAUGGAGCCUCUGGCAAUAUCUUUUAAGAUCAACAAUCCCUCUAAGACACGAAAAGCAAAGGCUCUGCACCGCCCCUAUGGUUGUGACACUGAACCCCAGGCACUGAAUGAAGCCAUCAGGUGGAGCUCCAAGGAGAAUCUGCUUGGAGCCACUGAGAGCGACCCCAAUCUUUUUGUUGCACUUUACGAUUUUGUAGCAAGUGGUGACAAUACACUCAGCAUCACCAAAGGUGAGAAGUUACGAGUAUUGGGUUACAACCAGAACGGUGAAUGGAGUGAGGUACGCUCUAAGAACGGGCAGGGAUGGGUACCUAGUAACUACAUCACCCCAGUGAACAGUCUGGAGAAGCAUUCCUGGUAUCACGGACCAGUGUCACGCAGCGCAGCUGAGUAUCUGCUGAGCAGCCUCAUUAAUGGCAGCUUCCUAGUUCGGGAAAGUGAGAGCAGCCCAGGACAAUUGUCCAUCUCACUUAGGUACGAGGGACGUGUUUACCACUACAGGAUCAAUACCACCCCAGAUGGCAAGGUGUACGUAACAGCUGAAAGCCGCUUCAGCACACUGGCAGAGUUGGUUCACCAUCAUUCAACAGUAGCUGAUGGCCUGGUGACAACCUUGCACUAUCCAGCUCCAAAGUGCAAUAAGCCCACAGUCUAUGGAGUGUCCCCAAUCCAUGACAAAUGGGAGAUGGAACGAACAGACAUCACCAUGAAGCACAAACUUGGGGGAGGACAGUAUGGUGAAGUGUAUGUUGGGGUUUGGAAGAAAUACAACCUCACAGUUGCUGUAAAAACACUCAAGGAAGAUACUAUGGAGGUGGAAGAGUUCUUGAAAGAAGCUUCUGUUAUGAAGGAAAUCAAGCAUCCCAAUCUAGUUCAGCUAUUAGGUGUGUGUACUCUGGAACCCCCCUUUUACAUUGUGACAGAAUACAUGCCAUAUGGGAAUCUGUUGGACUACCUGCGGGAGUGCAAUCGGGAGGAGGUGACUGCUGUUGUCCUGCUGUACAUGGCCACUCAAAUAUCCUCUGCUAUGGAGUAUCUGGAGAAGAAGAACUUCAUCCACAGGGAUCUAGCGGCUCGCAAUUGUCUAGUUGGAGAGAAUCAUGUGGUGAAGGUGGCUGACUUCGGCUUAAGCAGACUGAUGACUGGAGACACAUAUACGGCUCACGCUGGGGCAAAGUUUCCUAUCAAAUGGACAGCACCUGAAAGUCUAGCCUACAACACGUUCUCUAUCAAAUCAGAUGUUUGGGCUUUUGGAGUGUUGCUAUGGGAGAUUGCAACGUAUGGGAUGUCGCCUUAUCCUGGCAUUGACCUCUCUCAGGUUUAUGAUCUGCUAGAAAAAGGGUAUCGGAUGGAACAGCCUGAAGGUUGCCCCCCAAAGGUCUAUGAGCUCAUGAGAGCAUGCUGGAAGUGGAGUCCCUUAGACAGGCCUUCAUUUGCUGAGACUCAUCAGGCCUUUGAAACCAUGUUCCAUGAUUCUAGCAUCUCUGAAGAAGUAGCAGAAGAACUUGGGCGGACAGCAUCCUCCUCAUCCAUUGUGCCAUAUCUGCCUCGGUUACCCAUGCUUCCUUCCAAGACCAGGACUUUGAAGAAACAAGCAGAAAACAAAGAGAAUAUUGAAGGAACUCAAGAGGCCGUAGAGCAUUCUGCCUCCAGUUCUGCACCAGGUUUUAUCAGAAGCACACAGCAGACCAGCGGAUCGCCAGCACUACCUCGCAAGCAGAGAGACAAGUCACCCAGCAGCCUCUUAGAAGACACCAGAGAGACAACCUUCACUAGGGACCGGAAAGGUGGCUUCUUUAGCUCUUUCAUGAAGAAGAAAAAUGCUCCCACCCCUCCAAAACGUAGCAGUUCUUUCCGCGAGAUGGAAAAUCAGCCUCACAAGAAGUAUGAGUUGACGGGUAACUUUUCAUCGGUCGGUCCUUUGCAGCACAUCGAUGGUUUUUCUUUUACCCCCUCACAGCAGGAUGGAAACCUUUCCUCUUCCAAGUGCUAUGGUGGAGGCUUCACACAGAGGAACUUCUAUGGGGACGAUGGUGGUGGCAGCGGCUCUAGUGGUGGCGGAGGCACAAAUGCCAGUAGCGGCUGGUCAGGCAUAACGGGCUUCUUUACCCCACGCCUGAUUAAAAAGACACUGGGCUUACGAACUGGGAGGUCUGCUGGCAAUGAAGACAUUUCAAAGCCUUUCCCCCGGUCCAACUCAACAUCUUCCAUGUCCUCAGGUCUUCCCGAGCAGGAAAGGAUGGCAAUGACCCUCCCCAGGAAUUGCCAUAGGUCAAAAGUCCAACUAGAAAGGACAGUCUCCACCUCCUCUCAACCCGAGGAGAGCACAAGCAAAUCCAAUGACCUGCUUCCCAAAAGGUGUGAAGAAAUCCCCCUUGUGACCAGAGACAGACCAAAAGCCAAACUUCUACCAAGAGGUGCUACAGCUGUUCCCCCCAAGACCCCUUCUGUGGACUCCCCUGUUUCUGAAAAGGACUGUCCAGGGCCGACAGCCACCGCGAGCCUGAAGAGUAAAGAGAAGAACAGCAGUACGUGGCAAGGGCUGGCAGAAAGCGAGGAGAAAUCGGGAUGGUCUUCUCCAACCAAGGGCUCAGCAAUACUUCCAACCACUCAUAAUCACAAAGUGCCAGUCCUGAUCUCGCCCACUCUGAAGCAUACUCCAGCAGACGUGCAGCUCAUUGGCACGGACUCUCAGGGGAACCGGUUCAAGCUCUUAUCUGAGCAUCAGGUCGCAGCUUCCAACGACAGGCCCAGGCGGAUCAAACCAAAGUGUGCUCCACCCCCGCCCCCCGUGAUGAGGCUUCUGCAGCAGCCUCCAGCUUGCUCAGAGGCAACAGAUGAGCUGAAUAACGGAGCGCCGGCGCAGCAGCACGGGCAAGAAUCAAGUGAGGGCAACAAAAGGGCAGCGACGGCACCCACCGGUGGAAAAUCUGGCAGGCCUGUGAUGCCUCCGCCUCAAGUGCCUCCCUCGUCGUCUUCCGCCUCACCUGCCAAAAUGGCAAACGGCACAGCGGGGGCCAAAGUAGCUCUGAGAAAGACGAAACAGGCAGCCGAGAGGAUUUCAGCGGACAAAAUCAGCAAAGAGGCUCUGCUGGAGUGCGCAGACCUUCUUUCAAGUGCCAUCGCUGAGCCCUCUACAAACAGCCAGUUGGUAGACACAGGGCACCAGCUGCUCGAUUACUGCUCAGGCUAUGUGGACUGCAUCCCCCAAACGCGCAACAAGUUUGCCUUCCGGGAAGCUGUGAGCAAACUGGAACUCAGCCUGCAGGAGCUGCAGGUGUCCUCGGCGGCUGCUAGCAUGCCCGGCGCGAACCCUGUACUUAAUAACUUAUUGUCUUGUGUCCAAGAAAUCAGUGAUGUUGUCCAGAGGUAGCUACUGUAGAUUAUCUGGUUGGGAGGAAACAUGAGACACAAUGUGGAGAGAGACGAGAAGGGUCGGGAUGACUUUCCUGUGGUCCCCCCUCCCCCCUGAUGUUAUUGCUUCUGAAAUGAAAGACUGAUACUUGAGCGAGUUUUAUGUGAAGUACCUCAAAUCACUGAGCUCUCAUGUUUACAGGUUCAUCUCAGUACAUGGGGCUGAUGGGAGGGGAGCCGGGCUUCGUGGGGAGGGGUCCGAAGAUUGCAGCUGGUAGGGGCAGAAUGUCAAGAAUUUGCCCUAGCCAGAAAAGGCAAUCUUGCAUUUGCCAAGGGGGGAGGGCGGGAGGGGUGGGGGUUCUGAUGUUCUCAGCCCUCUUCCUCUUAGGCAGGAGAAUCAACAGCAAGGUCCUAGUUUUGGGAAAGGCCUGCUGUUCUCCACGUUGUCCAGAUGACCAGAGCUACUGGGAAGGGAAGCCACUUCCUCUUCUGCACUACUGCAUGUUUUGGCCUCAUGAACAACAGCAGAAAAGUUCAGGGGCACCAAUGGAACUGGAGUUUGCUACCCCCCCACCCCCCCGCUCGGAGGGAAGUGGGGGCAAGGUCUGUUAUGUUAAAUGGCAUUUGGAUGGGCUAGUGCAGGGUCUGCAACCUGCGGCUCUCCAGAUGUUCAUGGACUACAAAUCCCAUCAGUCCCUGCCAGCAUGGCCAAUUGGAACAUCUGGAGAGCCACAGGUUUCAGACCCCUGGGCUAGUGCAUCCCCUUCCCAAAGCUCCAGACGCCAUUUAACAUGACAGGCCUUAUCAUCCACAGUGUGAUUUGCUGCUGUAACAAAUUGCAGCAAGCCAGAUGAUCUUUGAAACACAUGCCUUUUUGUUCUCUUUGACGUCAUUUAGGCGCCACCACCGCCACCACCCCUGCACACCCAUCACUCCUUCACUGGUAGCUGAGUGAUGCUGGGCAAACGGGCCACUGGAUUUCACUCCCCAACUCCGAAAGCACGCAAACUGGCUAUUAUCACCAUUUUGGUAGUGUAGCAUGGGAAUCUGUCUAACCUGGCAAUCUCUUGAGUAGUUUGGGGCUGUAGCGCAAACUUACCAGCAUGGGUCUGAAAGCUGUUUUUAUUUGUGUUUAAAUUUUGGUACAGUAUUGACUCCUGUUCCUUUGAUAAACCUUGAGGUGCCACCCUUGUUUUAAAAGCAUUGCAGAAUGCUGCUGCUGCUGCUGUUCUCUACAUUCCUUUUUUUUUAAAAAAAAAAGUAAAAAUAAACUAUAGCUGUCCCUAACCCAGCUAUUUUUUUGAGGGAACCAGAAAAAAUAUAGCUGAACCAGACCGGACUUAAUUUGUCUCCCUCUGCUGCUUAGAAAUGGGCUCCUAGGAGCUCCUCCUCUGUGAUAUUACCUUCCAUUCAUAUUAAAAAUAUGGAUGUUUUUGCCCUAUCCUAAAUGGCUUGUUUUCUGAACAUGCAUUACUGGGGAAAGCAAUCUAAUGGUAUGGAUGGAAUGACUUGAUAAAUAACAGGGGCUAAAGGAAGAAUGGACUGUCAACUCUUCUUUCUUGCACUUUUAGUUCAGGCAAGAGUCUACCUGCAUUUUGGACCCAGUGCGAACCAGAGCAAUAGUGGCUCUCUCACAGUGGCAACAUGAAAAUGGUCCUCCUCCUUCUCCAUGCAGAUAACGUAACCUAAUGUAGGUGCGCCACACGGAUUGAGUUGCAGUCCCUUCCCCCUUUUAACAUAGUGGGAAAAAAAUAACACCUACAUGAAGGAAAUACGUCAUUAUUAGUUGGGGAGGGUGAGGGGCAGGCAUACCUUAAUGACAACACUGUUAUUGCUGGUUGUGUGAACUGAGCCUUGGUUGCCCAUUCUGGUUUAUGUAUAGAAUGCUACUGUUCACAAAGACACAAGACUUCAUUUUUAUCGGUAAUGGUGCUUAAAAAACUGUGUCCUUAAAUAGAAUUCAAAAAAAUUAAGAGAAAUUUGAUUUCUCCCAGAUUACACUCCUUGAAAUGUGGAUAGGAAAUUCCUGCCCUUAGAAGUCUACCAAGUUGAACACAAAUCUUACCUCAGCUCCUUGUAUUUCCUCAGGAUACAUACUGCUGGGAGGGGAAGGUCUUUACAGCUCUAGCAGCUAUAUACUAAUUCCAAAUUAAAAUCUGCAACAAUCCAUUCACAGUUGUCAGUAAAUUUCCAUAUUUUUUUUUAUUAGCAGCAUUGGCAGCAAGCAAUUUUUCAGGGUCAGAUUUGCUGUGCACCUUAAACCUUACAAGUUGGUAAUUUUUCGUUUUAACUUAUGGAAACUCUAAAAUGUUUUAUCGUGCUUCUCUAUGGAGAGAGAGAGA